AGAAAUGGCUGGAAAUCUUUUGAAGGCAUCACCUUUGACUGUAAGGAAAAAAUUACUGCAUCAAAUGGGAAUAUCACUUUAUAAUACAUCUCAUGGGUUCCAUGAGGAAGAAUUAAAAAAAAAACUUCAGCAGUUUCCUGGUGGAUCCGUUGACCUUCAGAAGGAAGACAGUGGCAUUGGCAUUCUUACUCUGAAUAAUCCAAGUAAAAUGAAUGCCUUCUCAGGUGUUAUGAUGCUACAACUUCUGGAAAGAGUGAUUGAAUUGGAAAAUUGGACAGAGGGGAAAGGUCUCAUUGUCCGUGGGGCAGGAAAUACUUUCUCCUCAGGAUCUGAUUUGAAUGCUGUGAAAGCAUUAGCGACUCCAGAGGAUGGACUGGCCUUAUGUAUGUUCAUGCAGAACACCUUAACAAGAUUGAUGAGACUCCCUUUAAUAAGUGUUGCGCUGAUUCAAGGUUGGGCAUUGGGUGGAGGAGCAGAAGUUACUACAGCAUGUGAUUUCAGAUUAAUGACUGCAGAGAGUGUGAUCAGAUUUGUCCACAAAGACCUGGGUGUAAUACCAAGCUGGGGCGGUGCUACCCGACUAGUUAAAAUCAUUGGUACUAGGCAGGCUCUCAAAGUGUUAAGCGGAGCUCUCAAAUUGGAUUCAAAAAAAGCUCUAGACAUAGGAAUGGCUGAAGAGGUCUUGCAGUCUACAGAUGAAACUGAAUGUCUAGGUGAGGCACGAGAAUGGCUAAAGCAGUUUACCAGAGGGUCACCAGAAGUAAUUAGAGCUUUGAAAAGAUGCGUUUCUUCAGGCAAAGAGCUUUGUUUCGAGGAGGCAUUACAGAUUGAAAAAGACCUAGUAGGAACAGUUUGGGGUGGACCUGCAAAUAAAGAGGCUAUUGCCAAGAAAGGAAAAUUUAAUAAAUAGUUUUUAAAAAUAAGAUGUACUACAAGUAAAACCCCAGUGAUUAACAUUUAUAGAAGUUAAAUACCAGAAUUACUUUGAAGGCUACACUAGUAUUUGAUUUGUUUUUAAUCAUUUAUUGAAUAGGUGAACUUAUUGACCUAGUUUCCAAUAUAUUUAGGUAAUUAUCAAGUAAUCUGAAACAUUUAGCUAAAAUAUCCCACACUUGGCUUAAAAGUUGUCAUCAAUUCCCACGCUAUUUCUUACCCUAUAACCAACCAAAGACCAGUUUUUUAAAAGGAAAAAACAUUUCCACAAAACCUACUCCUGGAU